AAAAAUGAUGGAAUAAAAUACGAAAUCGAAACAUACAAAAUCAUUGAUUCGUCAAAUAACAUACAUGCUUGGACGACCAACGUUAGAUUGGGACAAGGAGAUAAAGGAGUUGAUAUCGUUGGAAAUUACAAAGACAUGCAAUUUAUCAUUCAAUGCAAAGAUUUUGCCAAAAAAUUGAGCAUUAGUCAUGUGAGAGAAUUGAAUGGAAUCAUGACCAAUAAUUCCAAUUUGUUGAGGAUAAUGGUUUCAAAAGGGGAGAUUCAGAAUCAUUACGAGAAAAAUAGAAUCGAAAUAAGUAAUGCGAGAGAGGAUGAUUACGUAAAAUUCCAU